AUAGAUUACUUAAUUACAAAGCACCCUAAUGAAAAAGGGAAUCAGUACACCUUCAGGAUCCUGUUACUCGUUCAUAUUCAUAUUUUGCCUUCUUCUCUUCCAUGGCCUUUCCUCAGUCAACGGAGAUAGCAGUGGUGACACAACAGUGAACAUCGGUGCAAUUGUCAAUGCUAAUUCCCGUAUCGGAAAAGAACAGAAGUUGGCCAUUGAAAUAGCAGUCCAGAACUUCAACAACAAUAGCACUAACAAAAACCCAAAUAGAACGUACAAGCUAGUCCUCCAUGUUCGUGACUCAGACAGAGAUCCCCUUCAAGCGGCCUCGGCUGCGGAUGAGCUCAUUAACAAGCACCAAGUGCAAGCAAUUCUUGGGAUGGAGACAUGGCAGGAGACAGCUUUAGUUGCCCAAGUCGGGAAUCGAGCACAAGUCCCUGUUUUGUCCAUGGCUACGUCCUCGGCCUCUGCAUCACUAACGUCCAUGCAAUGGCCUUUCUUGGUAAGGAUGAGUAACAAUGGGUCCACACAGAUGAAAUGCGUGGCGGAUAUUGUCCAGGUCUACCAGUGGAAGAGGGUCAUAACAAUCUCUGAAGAUGACACCUAUGGCAGCGAUUCAGGGAUGGUCGAUCUUCUCUCCAAUGCCCUCCGAGCAGUAGGCUCGGAGAUUGAAUAUCGAAUGGCUCUCCCACCUUUGUCUUCUUUGUCUGAUCCAAAAGCCACAAUUCGACAUGGGCUGGAGAAGCUGAGGAGCAAGCAACUGAGGGUGUUCAUCCUUGUCCAGUCAUCCUUACCAUUCGUCACCCACCUUUUUACAGAAGCCAAAGAGAUGGGUUUGAUGGAAAAAGAGUCCGUUUGGAUAAUUACAGAUGCUGUUACCAGUGUCCUUGAUUCCGUUAACUCUUCUGUCAUCUCCUCCAUGCAAGGAGUUUUGGGAAUUAAGACCCAUUUCUCAUACAGCAGCCCGUUGUUCAAAGAAUUUUACAGUGAAUUCAAAAGAAAAUUUCGGUCGCGAUAUCCGGAAGAAGAUUACUUUGAACCUGGGAUUUAUGCUCUCCGAGCACACGAUAUCAUCUCUACACUAACACGGGCAAUGAUGGAGAAAUCAACUAGUAACAGUAGUACUUCAAUAGUAUUAUUAGAGAAAAUCCUAUCAACUGAUUUCAAUGGUUUUAGUGGAGAAAUUCGAUUCACAGACGGAGAAUUAUCAAUCUCGCCAAUUUUUCAAAUAGUAAAUGUGUUCGGAAAGAGUUACAAAGAGCUAGACUUCUGGUCGUCUGACAUUGGUUUCUUCAAGAAUCUCGGAGAGAAAAGCGGUGGUGGUCGUACUCUUAGAACCAAGGAAGGCUUGAUUGGUCCCGUAAAUUGGCCGGGAGGACUACAGCGAGCUCCACUAGGUUGGGGAUUUCCUUCUAACGGUGAACUGAUGAGAAUCGGUGUCCYAGGCAAAACUUCUUUCCAGAAGUUCGUGAAGGUGGAAGAUAAUGAGAACAAAAGAACUUUUACAGGUUUCUGCAUUGAUAUCUUCCAAGCGGCUUUUCCAAACCGAACCAAUGAUUAUUCUUUGCUGUAUGAGUUCGUGCCUUUUCAUGGCUUGUAUGAUGAACUUGUUGAACAGGUUUAUUACCAGAAAUUCGAUGCUGUGGUCGGCGAUGUGACGAUCCUAGACAACCGAUCCAACUACGUAGAAUUCACUCAACCGUAUGCGGAGUCGGGGUUGUCAAUGGUAGUCCCUGUGAGAAAAGAAUUUCAGAAGGCAUGGAUGUUCAUGAAGCCUUUCACCAAGGCUAUGUGGUUAACCACCGGUGCCGUCUUAGUCUACACAAUGUCUAUAGUCUGGUUCUUGGAGCACCGAAACAACCAGAACUUCAGAGGUCCAUGGAAGAGUCAACUCGGCACAGCUUUGUGGUUUACCUUCUCCACCCUUUUCUUUGCCCACAGGGAGAGGCUCCACAGCAACUUCACUCGAUUGGCGAUUGUGGUGUGGUUGUUCGUGGUAUUAGUCCUGAAUUCAAGCUACACGGCCAGUCUUACUUCAAUUCUCACUGUUCAAAGACUGGAACCUACUGUGACAGAUAUCGAAUCCUUAAAGACGGACAAUGCAAAAGUUGGAUGCGAUGGUGACUCGUUCAUAAGGAAAUACUUGGUAGAUGUUCUCAAAUUCAAGUCAGAAAAUAUCAAGAAUGUUGCUAGCGAAUACGACUAUCCAGGUGAAUUCGAUAGCGGCAAAAUUAAAGCUGCCUUCCUGGAGCUUCCCUAUGAAAAAGUUUUCCUCUCUAAACAUUGCAAGAAUUACACUGCAACUGAACAGACCUAUAGAUUUGGAGGCCUGGGUUUUGUUUUUCCAAAGGGUUCUCCUCUAGCUGCUCAUGUAUCAAAAGCCAUUUUAAUGUUAUCAGAGAAUGGAAGUAUUAAAGAAGUAGAGAAGAAGUGGUUUCCUAAGAACCCCAAGUGUUCGAGUUCCAAACUUGACAUUGACAACGAAAGCCUAAGCCUCCAUAGCUUUUGGGGACUUUUCGUUCUAACCGGAGGGACUUCCACCAUUGUCUUCCUACUGUAUCUUCUUCAUAUAUUCAGACAAUAUCGACAAGACCCAGAUGCUCACCAGGUCAACGUGUCUCCACAAGAUGAAAGCUUGUGGAAUCGGACAGUGAGGCUGGCGCAGUAUUUCCAUAAAAGCCAACUUAAUAAUCCAGAAAAAGACCCAGCUUCUGCACAAGUUGUGCCGGUGGAGGAUUGGAGUUCUUCAAGUUGGGAUUCUGUCAACGGAUACAACACUCCAGAGCACCCUCAAUCUACCCAAUUGUCUGAGAUUGAGAUGCCCGAAACAUCCAAUCUAUAAUGUACAUAUAUAAUUGUUAAAGGAAAUAUAAUUAUUUAAUUUAUUAAGAGUAGUUCAUUAAUGAAAGGUGGCAUCACACUUAUUGUUUA